CUUAUUCCUAUCUCAAUUAAUUUCUUCUCGAAAACAUCAUCUAAACUCUUCUGUCAUUCUUCCCCGCAUUCGAGUUUCUUAUCUUUAUCAUCUUUGCUAUAGUAAUAUCAUGUCUCCCGCAGCAAAUGUUCCUAGGUCCGGGGUCUGGUGCCCCGCAGUAACCUUCUUCGACCCCUCAACCGGCGCUAUCGACUUCGACUCACAAAAGAAAUACUUCAAAUACCUCUCAACAACCGGACUAGCAGGUCUCGUUGUGCUCGGUUCCAAUGCUGAAGCUUUCCUUCUGACACGCGAGGAGCGACGGAACCUCAUUGUCGCCGCACGUGAGGCCGUUGGCCCUGAUUUCCCAUUGAUCUGCGGUGUAAGCGGAUUCUCCGUAACCCAGACUCUCGAGUACAUCCAAGAUGCGAUCAGCGCUGGUGCCACAUACGGAUUGCUCCUUCCAGCAGCAUACUACGGCGGUGCUACGACCAAGGAGGUAGUAAAAGGCUACUACGACGAGGUUGCACAGAAGAGCGACCUCCCACUCGUUAUCUACAACUUCCCCGGAAUUUGCAAUGGCGUCGAUCUUGAUUCGGACACCAUCGCGGCCAUCGCAAAGAGCAACCCUGGAAAGAUCGUCGGCGUCAAAUUGACCUGCGGAAGUGUGGCCAAGAUCACCCGGCUAACAGGCCAGCUUUCUCCCGAUCAGUUCGCUACGUUCGGUGGACAGAGUGAUUUCUUGAUCGGCGGUUUGGCGGUCGGAAGCCAGGGUUGCGUGGCCGCAUUCUCGAACGUUUUCCCCAAGACGAUUUCUAAGAUCUACCAGCUCUACACGAGCGGCAAGGUCGAGGAGGCUUUGACGCUGCACCGAAAGGCUGCGCUCGCUGAGAGCCCCGUCAAGGCCGGUAUCGGAAGCACAAAGUACGCCGUUUCGCAAUACAGUGCGGUGGCUGCUGGAAUCUCGAGCCCAGAAAGCAAGCUCGCUCCUAGAAAGCCAUAUUUGCCCGUGGGUGACGCGGUGAAGACGAAUGUCGCCAACGUCAUGGCUGAAUUGGCAGAAAUCGAGGGGAGUUUGUAGAUCUUCUGGAUGAAUAGAGCAUGACCGCCUUUGCAUAGAGCAUCGUUAGGUUCAAAAAGGAAUAAUAGAAUCAAUGUAAAACCAGUUUGGACGUUUUCCGAAACGACCAG